AUGGGCAAACCAGUUUUAUGGUAUCCACUUGGUGAAGUUAAAGUCUGGAUCGACGACCAGCGUGUGGCCCGCGUCAGGAGUAGUGCACAAUUCCGCACGAUCGAGGAGUGUAUAGCCCACUGUAAAAAAUAUAGCGUUGUGUUCGACUCGCUCAUCGAUAAACCAAACAAUGAGAAAUGCAGGGAAGCUUGCGACUACGAGUUGAAAAAACUCGCAAGGGCGAAAAAGUCUACCGGUACUUGA